GUAGGGAACUUGUUUGUGUCUGUUUCUUCUUUCGUGGUUCUUUCAUGUUCAUUGACUUGACAUUAUAAAUUAAGAGACUAGGCCAUCUACUAUAACACCAAACCCAAUAGUCUAAGCGCACCUUUCUUUUCCUUUUACCAAUAAUUCAGAUUAGAAAUCUUGUUACCUACUGAAAAAGAAAUAUUGGGAAAACCAUAUGGCUGAAAUUCUUCUUACAGCAGUCAUCAAUAAAACUUUAGAUAUAGCUGGAAAUCGACUCUUUCAAGAAGGAACGCAUUUGUAUUCUUUGAAAGAUGACAUCGAUUGGCUCCAGAGAGAAAUGAGACGCAUGCGAGCAUACAUCGAUGAUGCAAAGGAAAAGGCAACUGGAGGUGAUUCAAGGGUGAAAAACUUGAUAAAAGAUAUUCAAGAACUGGCAGGUGAUGCGGAGGAUCUCUUAGAUGAGUUCCUUCCAAAAAUUCAACAAUCCAACAAGUACAAAGGCGCUAUUUGUCGCCUUAAGACUGCUUGCAUCCCUUCUUGUGCUUCUUUUGCCGAUGAGUUUGCUACGGAGAUCGAGAAGAUGAAGAAAAGGGUUGUUGACAUUGACCGUGUAAGGACAACUUACAACAUCGCAGAUACAAGUAACAAUAAUGACUGCAUUCCUUUUGACCGGAGAAAAUUAUUCCUUCAUGUUGAUGAAACAGAGGUCAUCGGUUUGGAUGAUGACUUCAACAAGCUACAAGCUAGAUUACUUGAUAAAAAGUUGCCUUAUGGAGUAGUUUCCAUCGUUGGCAUGCCCGGUCUUGGUAAAACAACUCUAGCCAAGAAUCUGUAUAGGCAUGUCCGUGAUCAGUUUGAGUGUUCGGGACUGGUCUAUGUUUCACAACAGCCAAGAGCGGGAGAAAUCUUACUUGACAUAGCCAAACAAGUUGGACUGAAGGAGGAAAGGGUAGAUAGGUUGGAGAACAACCUACGAUCACUCUUGAAAAGAAAAAGGUAUAUCUUUCUCUUAGAUGACAUUUGGGAUAUUGAAAUUUGGGAUGAUCUGAAACUUGUCCUUCCUGAAUGUGAUUCAAAAAAUGGUAGUAGGAUAAUUAUCACAUCUCGAAAUAGUAAUGUAGGCAGAUACGUAGGAGGGGAUAGCUCACUCCACGUGUUGCAACCCCUAGAUUCAAAGAACAGCUUUGAACUUUUUACUAAGAAAAUUUGUAGUUUUGAUAAUAAUGAUUGGGCCAAUGCUUCGCCAGACUUGGUAAAUAUUGGUAGAAAUAUAGUUGGGAAAUGUGGAGGGAUACCAUUAGCCAUUGUGGUGACAGUAGGCAUGUUAAGGGCAAGGGAAAGAACAGAACAUGCGUGGAGCAGGGUACUUGAGAGAAUGGGUCAUAUAAUUCAAGAUAAAUGUUCUAAGGUAUUGGCUCUGAGUUACAAUGAUUUGCCCAUUGAAUUAAGGCCAUGUUUCUUGUACUUUGGCCUUUACCCCGAGGACCAUGAAAUUCUUGCUUUUGAUUUGAAAAAUAUGUGGAUUGCUGAGAAAUUGAUAGUAGUAAACAGUGGUAACAGGCGAGAGGCUGAAGAUUUGGCGGAGGAUGUCCUAAAUGAUUUGGUUUCUAGAAACUUGAUUCAAGUUGCCAAAAGGACAUAUGAUGGAAGAAUUUCAAGUUGCCGCAUACAUGACUUGUUACAUAGUUUGUGUGUGGACUUGGCUAAGGAAAGCAACUUCUUUCACACAGAGCACAAUGCAUUUGGUGAUCCUUACAAUGUUGCCAGGCUGAAAAGGAUUACAUUUUACUCUGAUAAUGUCAUGAAUGAGUUCUUCAAUUCAAAUCCUAAGCCUGAGAAACUUCGUGCACUUUUCUGUUUCACAAAAAAACCUUGCAUAUUUUCUCAAAUGACUCUUCUUGACUUCAAAUUUUUUCAAGUGUUGGUUGUAGUCAUGCCUCAAGGUUGUGAUCAGGAUGUCACAAUCCCAAAAGAAAUUGGCGACAUGAGUUGCUUACGCUAUCUGAGAUUGGAGGGGGGAAUUAGUGGAGAACUGCCAAAUAGUAUUGUCAAGGUCAAACAUCUAGAGACCAUAGAUGUUAGCAAGAGCUCCAUCAGGAUUCCAUCUGGUGUUUGGGAGUGGAAACAAUUGAGACAUCUUUGUGAUAGAGAUUUUGGACGUGCACCCGUAAAAAAAAUGUACCGGUUGCCUAAUAAUCUACAUACUUUGAUGUGGAUGCAUGAUAAAUUUUUUCAACCGAUACUCUUUCACCAGUUGAUCAAUUUAAGAAAACUGGGUAUAAUAAGAGUAUCCAAUUCCACCAUCAGUAUAUUAUCAGACCCGAGCACUAUGCUGCCUAACACUCUGGAGGUUCUGAAGCUCCAACUUACUAGACACUCAACGGACCAGAUCAACUUGUCUUCCUAUCAAAAUAUUGUUAAGUUGCAUUUGUGUGGGAUCCAAAUAACUACCACCAACCAUGUAGCAUUCCCUCCAAAUCUUGUUAAGCUUACUCUUGUCCGCCAUCAUGUUAAUGGUCCUCUACUCACAGUUCUUAAGAAAUUGCCCAAAUUAAGGAUACUCAAAAUGGUUCACUGCGAGUAUAAUGAAAAUAAAAUGGAUCUCUCUUGCGAUGUCAACUGUGAUAGCUUUCCGCAACUUGAAGUUUUGCAUAUUCAGGGGAAUAAAGGGCUCUCUGAAGUAAUCUGCAGGGAUGAUGUCAGUAUGCCUAAACUGAAAAAGGUAGUAGUUACGGGAUUUUAUUCCAGUGUUAGUCUUCCGGAACGGCUGAAAAUCCCAAUGUGUUAGUCUUCCAGUAUAUUUUUUUGAUUAGUUUGUUAUGGUUGCUAGUGUUGAUAAGUUAUGGAAUUAUAGUUGCUUUUGUUCUUCAA